AUGUCAGGGUUUGGCCAGUUCACGGACAUUUGCGAGAAUGCGCCACUGCCGAUGUGCGCCUCGCUAGGGCCCGCGCUCGCGUCCACGGGUCAGGUGGGCAUCCAGGCGGACUGCUACGCUCGCAGCAUAGAGGUGGCCAACACGAUCAUCUUUCAGGGAGCGGCGAGCAUCCUGCACAUCGUGGCGCUGAUCAUGACCAUCAUCAUGGUGCUGCACAUCCGGUCCAAGUUCACGGCCGUGGGUCGCCACGAGAUCCUGACCUUCUUCUACCUGUACAUGCUCCUCACCUUCUUCUCGCUCGUGGUGGACGCCGGGGUCGUGCCGCCGGGCAGCGGGCCCUACCCUUACUUCGUGGCCGUGCAGAGCGGGCUGAGCAGCGCGGCCGUGACGGCCCUCUUCAUCAACGGCUUCGUCGGCUUCCAGCUCUACGAGGACGGCACGCCGGUCUCCCUCUGGAUGCUGAGGGUGGGAUCCGCCGUCGCCUUCGCCGUCAGCCUGCUCGUCUCGCUCGGCACCUUCAAGUCGGCCGUGGGCAUGAGCCCGACCCGGACCACCGGCCUCUUCGUCGUGCUCUACCUCCUCAACGCCAUACAGCUCUUCGUCUACCUCGCCAUGCAGAUCGUCCUCGUCAUCCGCACCCUGCACGACCGGUGGCCCCUCGGCGACAUCGCCUUCGGCACCCUCUUCCUCGUCAUCGGCCAGGUCGUCCUCUACGGCUUCAGCGCUACCAUCUGCGAGGCUGUCAGCCACUACUUUGACGGUCUGCUCGAGCUCCUGCCGGAGGAGGAACGCAGGGCCACAGUCUACGGAGGCGACGACCCCUACGGUCGGUCCAGCUCGUACGAUCUGCCCUACUCACCCAAUGCUGUGAGAUAUUCGACCAAGUAUUAG